AUGUCCGUUCAGGAUUUUGAACCCAUUUUGAAGUCAACAUGCCACUAUUCUGCAGUAAAUGAUAUCGCAUUCCCAGAGGACUCGUCAGACGUCUUUGCUACAGCAUCUGACACCGAUAUCCGUAUUUGGAACGCACAUACCUCUCAAGAGCUGUUGCGAAUUGCGGUGCCUAAUUUAGAGUGCAAAUGCAUCACGUUCAAAAAGGAUGGUUCCAGCUUGAUUAGUGGCUGGAACGAUGGCAAGAUCCGAGCCUUUGGGCCCCAAACUGGCCGCCUUCAAUACGAAAUCACCGAUGCCCACAAAAAGGGUGUCACCGCUCUAGCAGUUACGUCUCCCACCAGCCCACAUUCCCCAGCCUUCCGCAUCGUCUCGGGUGGUUCAGAUGGUCAAAUCCGAAUCUGGUCGAUAACACCUACCCAUCAAACCCUUCUCGAAACCCUUAAAGAGCACAAGGGAACGAUUACGGCCAUCAAACUCCGUAAAAACAAUCUGGAAUGUGUAUCGAGUUCGGCGGAUGGCAGUUGCAUUGUGUGGGACUUGUUGCGCUUUGUGAGAAAUCAGGUUUUGUUUGCUCCGAGCUUUUUUAAGAGCGUUUGUUAUUACCCGGACGAGAGUCAAGUUUUGACCAGUGGGACAGAUCGCAAGCGUAUUGGGAAACCUACGAUGGUACUCUCAUCCGCGAACUUGAAGCCUCCCAAUCCGACACCAUCAAUGGCCUCGACAUCUCCUCCGACGGACAACACUUUGUCAUAG